AUGAUCUGGAAGAAGUGGCUGGGGAGAGGGAAGUCUGGGUCUCCCUUCUUAAGCUGGACCCAACCCCGUAAGCUGGACCCAACCCCGGUGGUGGUCCUGCUGGAAGAUGAACCUCCACCCCCGUCCAGUCUCAAGUCACUGCCAUGUGUUGGCUCCAUCUUCCCAUCAACUCCAACCAUCUUCCCUGUCCUUCUUGAAGAGAACCCCCCACAGUAUGAUGCUGCCACCACCAAAUUUGGGAGUGGGGACCGUGUGUUCAGAAGGUUCUACAGCAGUAACUUAAUUCUGUUCACCUCCAGUCCAGAUCCUGUGAGCCACGGGGAGAACACGCUGACAUUAUCUAAAUUCUCCAUCACAGUUUUAACAACUCCAUGGAGAGAAAUAAAAUGGGGAAACAAUGACGAACCUCUGCAGUACACAAAGAAUUUUCAACCUCAAAAUAAAAGAGCCAAAGCGAUCAGAAUUUUACUCUAUGGACCUGUUGGUGUGGGGAAGUCCAGCUUCAUCACGUCUGUCAACUCUGUUUUACAAGGCAGAAUGACCAAUAAAGCUCUGGCCAGUGCCACAACCUCUGAUCAAAGUUUCACAAAAGUGUAUCAAACCUAUAAAAUCAAGAAAGAAGGCAGAGGAGACUUUUAUCCCUUUGUGUUCAAUGACAUCAUGGGUCUGGAGGACGGACAUGGAAGAGGARUCAGAACAGACGACAUCAUUCUGGCCUUGAAGGGACACGUGAAGGAUGAUUAUAAGUUCAGUUCUUCGUCUUCCCUUUCUGCUGGGGAUUCUGGCUACAAAUGUUUCCCAUCCCUCAGUGACAGAGUUCAUGUUCUGGUUUGUGUUUAUUCUGCUAAUGCACCACAAAUGAACUCCUCCGUUCUAAAGAAAAUGAAGGAAAUCAGAGAAGCAGCCAGUGAUCUGGGAAUCCCUCAGCUGGCGAUUCUCACCCACAUCGAUGCAGCCUGUGGGGAAACAGAGAAUAAUCUGAGAAACGUUUACAGGAGCAAAUAUUUAAAGAAAAAGAUGGGUGACUUYAGCUCCAGUCUGGGGAUCCCAAUGAACUGCAUCCUCCCAGUGAAGAACUACAGCAGUGAAACUAAUCUGGAUUCAGACAUUGAUGCUCUGAUCCUGAGUGCUCUGAAACUGAUGAUUGACUUUGGAGACGACUACGCCGACACAMUCUUGGAAAAGUUUUAUCAUUACCAAUAYAUUAUCAUAUGCUUUCUCGUUGCYUUUUUAUCUUAUGUAUACUAUUCUAGUGGUUAGUUACACCUCUUUACUAUACAUAUUCAUUUACUCUUUUGGUUUAUUUUGCCAAGAAUUAUUUUGCAUUUAUUGAUUACAUUGAUAUGACUGAACAUUUACUGAUUUKUUGCUGUUAGCCUGYGUUUCCAGACAUUGGAUGGUUUAGAUUUAGAAGUAGAUGGUGGAAGUGGAAGCUGACAGGUGAGACUUCAUGUAGAUGAAAAAGUUCAAGUUUAUUGGUUGUUUCCCGUCAUGAGAUGAAGACUGGGUGCMGAAGAUAAGGAUGCGAUGCUUUUUUGGUGGGGGGAGACGAGUCCGGAAAGUGAAAGUAUAGUAGUGUAAACCUGUGUGAAGAAGGAUAACAGUGAGAGCAUCUUUGUGUUAGAAGGUCGAUGACUUACUGUACCUCAUUGUCUUCUCUUUGAUCAAGCAAAGCCUUGAAAUGAACAUUCAAAUUCAUAGUAUUCAAAUAAAAACAGAUUUUUACUCAAUAUAUGGAAUGUUUCAUGUAAUCCUGGGUCUUCCUAUAGAUCGCAUGCAUUAAAACUGAAAGUGAAAAUAAAAUUCUUUGAAUUGCUUUGUAA